CAAGAGAUAAAAGCCAUGCAAAGUUUUAGGCCGCUAGAUGGAUCAGCGGCCCAUAUUUGUUGUAAGCCCAACAAAACAAGGCGCGGCAAUAUAACAACAAAAAGUCAUUUUCACACUUUAGCCCAUAUUGUUUCCAUAUUCUCACCAUUUCACACCCCAUCUUUGUACCUUGUGCCAAACUCACCCUCAAAAUUUUCCAAAACCCAGAACCGCGUCAACAUCUCAAGGAGCACCACCACAAUUCGUCGGAGAGAGGACAGAGAAAAGAUGAGAGGGCUACUACGGCGUUUGGUCGGUUGCAGCCAACGAUUCGUAUCAUCAUCAUCAGGGCGUUCAUCUGAAUUAGGUCAAACAUUAAUGGUGUCAUCAGCAGCUACAGUCUCCUACUCCACUCUAACUUUGAUGGAGAAGCCUAAUCUACUUUCUGCAUCCCCAAUUGUCGUAAACCUACGCCAUGAUUUCAGCUCUCUUCACGUUCUCAAUCACUAUCGAAACUUCUCCGCUCCGUCUUCCUCAGGAGGGGCUUGGAAAUGCAUUGAGCAAGUUGAACAUUCACUCAGUGCCUACAUUGCACUUCUUUCAAAAUGGAAAAAAAACAUCUGAAGUUAUCGGUGCUGAUGUUCAAUGCUUGAAAGAUACCAUGGAAGAGCUCUACAAAUGAUGCCUUCACCUUCCAGGAAUUCAUAUCGGGUUGGAAGUUGAUAACCGUUCUGCUUCUUCAAACAGAUUCGUAUAUUUUGAUUUUAUAGUUCCAGUAAUCAUUUGUAGAAUUCAAGUAUCCAGUGCUAAAUAAAUUUCUCUCUUUCUUUCUUUUUGGUAACGAGUAACAUUUCCUGUGA